CCAGCGCUGGCGGCCGCCGGCGCCGCGUCCCCGCCCCUCCGCCAUGGCCGAUGUAGAGGACGGGGACGAGCCGGGUGUUCCCCUCUCACACCCAGGUUCGGCGGGCUCCAAGGCGGGCGGUCCCGACAAGAUGUUCUCGCUGAAGAAGUGGAACGCGGUGGCCAUGUGGAGCUGGGAUGUGGAGUGCGACACCUGCGCCAUUUGCCGGGUGCAGGUCAUGGAUGCCUGUCUUAGAUGUCAAGCUGAAAACAAACAAGAAGAUUGUGUUGUGGUUUGGGGAGAAUGCAAUCAUUCCUUCCACAAUUGCUGCAUGUCCCUGUGGGUGAAACAGAAUAAUCGCUGUCCCCUCUGCCAGCAGGACUGGGUAGUCCAGAGAAUAGGCAAAUAAAAACACUGGAAGUUGGUGGUUUUUUUUUGUGUCAAACUUAUUGAAGCAGUGUAUGUCUGACACCUUAUGCUCCUGCAGAAGAAUGGAACAUGUCAAUCGUGGCAUGAUUUAUUUAGUUUUAUCUGCUAGAAGAUAGGUGUGGCUUUGUCGUAUGCUGAUUGCUGUACCAGGAGGGAAUGGUCAGUCUUACUGCGGAUGUUUCCACAAUAAAAAAGCCAAGAGACACUACGUUAACAAAUGUAUCUGUUAUGAUUUGAGUGUUAACUGUAUCAGAGCAUAGAAGUGUGGUAGUGCAGAUUAUACCCUAAAUACAGUUUAUUUAAUGUUUUUGUUCAGGUAAAUGAAUUAACUUGCAAGGGUGACCUUACGUGUAAGUCUGAAACACUGCAUAGUUUACUGUCAGGAUCAAGAAAUUGUUUUCUGAGUAAUACUGUAUACAAAAACAGUCAGUGAGAGUUUUUUAGGAAGUAUUCUGGGUUUUAAUCUAAAUAUUGUGUAAAGCAUUUGCUAUAUGCUUUUUCUAUCACACUAUACUAAACAUUUCUAAUUUAGCUUUUAUGACUUCAGAAAAUUUUGUUUUCUUGUAUCUCUGUCGCUACAUUAUAUUCUAUGCAUGAUUUUCACAACUAUAGCAUUAAAAUUUAACUCCAUUCAUAAUUCUUUAAUUUCUAUUUCUGUUAAAGAUAAUUGAGACAUGUAUAUUUAAUCCAGAGACUUUUGGUACAAAGACAUGUAUUUGAUAUCAGUUGUCUGGGGGCAUAAACAAUCCUGCUGGUUAGCUGACUAAUAUAGAAGGCCAACAAAACUAGUAAUUUAAUAAUCCCAAGGAAAGCAGGUAUUAAUUAAAUCGAGGGAAAAAUGUUUAAUUGUUUUCCGUGAAAAUUCAGUUAAUAGAAAUUUAUCAUCAUUUUGUUGGUUACAAUGUUUUGGAAGUGGGAGAAAGCAUGUAAUUUUUGUGGAAAUUCUCAAUACAGCAUUUUUUAUAUAUAUAUGAAUCAUGUUUUUUUUCUUACAAAUAUUUAAGUGCUUGCCUCUGACUUUGAUUUUCCCUAAAUAUCCAAAGUAAUUACUAUUAAUCUGACCAUAUGAUGUGGGAUUAUUU